UCCGAUUGUAUUUAUCGAUAACGCCAAUUUAAGUGACCGUUGUCAAAUGCAAUUCUAUCCAGUUUGAAGCGUGCUCUUGAUCGCAAUGGAGGUUAAUCUGUUCUACUUUGGAGCCAUUGUGGCCGUGCUAGGGUCCUUGUACUACCUGUUGACGCGGAAACAUGGCUACUUCCACGACAAGCCAAUUCCAUCGAUGGCUGCCAUACCAAUUCUCGGAAGCGUCGGCGAUCUUAUGCUGCAGCGGGUGUCAUUGUCGGAGUUUAUUCAGAAGCUGUACGACAAGUACCCUGGGGUUAUAAGUAUGCUGCCGGAGUAGGUUCGACGAUACGGGAUCAAGCAGGUGGGGGUUAAGGACUUCGAUCAUUUUGUCGAUCAUGUGCAGGGAUUCGGCAACUCGAACUACGAUCAUCCGAAUCUACUGACGGGGAAGACGUUGUUCUCGUUGACUGGUCAACGCUGGAAGACGAUGCGAGCAACGUUGAGUCCGGCGUUUUCCGGAAGUAAGAUGCGGUACAUGUUUGAACUGAUCGUGGAGAGCGUCGAGCGGGCGGUGAAGUACUACGAAGAACAGGCAGCGAUAAACGGAGCGCAGGUGUACGAGAUGAAGGAUGUGUUUUCGAGGUUUGCAAACGAUGUGAUCGCGACGUGCGCGUUUGGGCUGCAGGUCGAAUCGUCCCGCGAUCGAGAGAACGAGUUUUUCGUUAAUGGUAAAAAGAUGAUAGAUUUUGGCAGAUUAGUCGUUAUGUUGAGAUUCAUGGGACAUCAGCUUGCUCCGUGGUUGAUGGCAUACUUCGGAUGGGACGUGACCGACAAGGAGCAGAAUACCUUCUUCAAAACUUUGAUCUUGGACGCGAUCAAGGAGCGGGAACAGCAAGGUAUCGUCCGACCAGACAUGAUAAACCUGUUGAUUCAAGCUAAGAAAGGUACUCUAAAACAUCAAAAAGAGAAUGAUCAACAAUCAGAAGGGUUUGCGACGGUAUAAGAAUCGGAAGUCGGGAAAUCCACGAUCACCACAGCGAUGACGGAUGUGGAAAUGGUCGCACAAUGCUUAAUCUUCUUCAUAGCUGGGUUCGACACGGUUUCGACCUCGCUGCUUUACACUGCUUAUGAACUCGCGAUCAAUCCAAAAGUUCAACAGAAGCUGUACGAAGAGAUCCAGGCCACACGAUCAUCCCUGGGCGGCAAACCUCUGACGUAUGAUGCGGUGCAGAAGAUGAAGUACAUGGACAUGGUGAUAUCCGAGGCACUCCGGAUGUGGCCUCCGGUUCCGUCGGUUGAUCGAGUUUGCGUCAAAGAUUACGUACUCAAUGAAGGAAAUGGAAAGAAGUACACGAUCGAAAAGAGAUCAGUCGUUUGGAUCCCGAUUCAGGGUCUCCAUCACGACCCAGAGUACUACCCACAGCCGGAGAAGUUCGACCCGGAGCGAUUCAGUGACGAAUGGAAGGGAAGCAUCAAUGCGGGAGCUUAUCUACCAUUCGGUAUAGGUCCACGGAACUGUAUCGGGUCCAGGUUCGCUCUUGCCGAGGUGAAGACCAUUCUGUACUACAUGUUGGGAAACUUCUCGUUUGAACGGUGCAGCCAGACGGAAGUUCCGCCAGUUCUUGGGAAAGGUUUUGACGUUAUUCCGGCCAAGGGAAUGUACAUUGAGUUUAAACCUAGACCUCGGGAGUAGUGCAGUUGCAAGGUC